GUGCCGGCAUGCUAGGAGUUGUAGUCCGAAUUGACUCAGCCCCGACGCUUUCUGACCUUUGGUCCCGGAGCGGAGAACUGCACCUCCCAUCGGGCCCCGCGCGGGCAGCGCAGGCGCAGUGUCUCGGCGGGCUCCGUAUGUCGCCGCGGAGGAUGCACGAAGAUUAGAGGCGAGCCAGCAAGCGGCCGCUGGUUGCAGCGGCGCGGAUCCGCGGGGCAGGUUGCACCGUGGGACAGAAGUUGGAGAUGGGAUUUGAAUCACCUUUGGGGACCAUUGAGCUAACAACAGAGUCUAGAGAUUGCCAUUGAUGCGUAACGUAUUACGGUGCCUACAGAUGUCAGCAGCAGUUCCAGCUCCUCAGCCACUGGCCUCUGUUGGGACAACUGUUGCUUUGUCUCCAGUGGUUAUGAACCCCAACAAGCCUGGACGUGUGACUAACCAACUCCAGUACAUGCUGAAAGUGGUGGUGAAGACCCUGUGGAAGCACCAGUUUGCCUGGCCUUUUCAUGUACCAGUCGAUGCACAGAAGCUUAACUUGCCAGAUUAUCAUAAAAUCAUCAAGCAGCCCAUGGACAUGGGCACGAUAAAGAAAAGGUUAGAAAACAACUAUUACUGGAGUGCAAGUGAAUGCAUGCAGGAUUUCAACACCAUGUUCACCAACUGUUACAUAUACAACAAGCCCGGUGAUGACAUUGUGCUGAUGGCGCAGACUCUGGAGAAGAUCUUUCUGCAGAAGGUUGCUCAGAUGCCUCAGGAAGAGGUGGAACUGAUGCCCUCGGUACCAAAGGGCAAAGGUCGAAAACAACCAGGAAUCCAGCAGGUGGCAGCAGUGUCUUCAGCUAGUGAGCCAACAGCUUUCCCGGAAGCUCCACCUGAGGUCUCUCCAACUCCCAUCAUAAUCCCCACUCCGGUGCCAACCACCCUGCCCACCCAGGUCACCGCAGCUCCUGCUCAAUCUUCAAGUCCAAUGAUGUCGGUGAUCCCACCACCAGCACAGCCUGUUACCAAGAAAAAAGGUGUGAAACGGAAAGCGGACACGACGACUCCCAGUACUUGCGCCAUCACCGCGAGCAGCUCUGAGUCCCCUCCUCCCUCCUCAACAGAAUCCAAACCUGCCAAAUUGACGUCCCGGCGGGAGAGUGGGCGCCCGAUUAAACCGCCAAAGAAAGACCUGGAAGAGGUGGAGCUCCAGCAAGCGCCUGGCAAGAAAGGGAAACUGACUGAGCACCUGAAGCACUGUGACAGCAUCCUGAAAGAGAUGCUGUCGAAGAAACAUGCAGCUUAUGCCUGGCCCUUCUACAAGCCUGUAGAUGCUGAGGCCCUGGAACUGCACGAUUAUCAUGAAAUCAUUAAACAUCCAAUGGACCUCAGCAGUGUGAAAAAAAAGAUGGACAGCAGGGAUUACACAGAUGCCCAAGGAUUUGCUGCUGAUAUCCGUUUAAUGUUUUCCAACUGUUACAAAUACAACCCUCCAGACCAUGAAGUGGUGGCAAUGGCCAGGAAAUUGCAGGAUGUGUUUGAAAUGCGGUUUGCGAAAAUGCCAGACGAGCCUGUUGAUGUCUCCCCUCCCCCUCCCCUCCCACCACCAGUCGCUGCCAAACCCAAAAUGACGUCAAGUGACAGCAGCCGGGAAUCCUCGUCCAAUUCCAACAGCUCCGAUUCUGAGGAGGAGCGGGCAAAUCGAUUGGCGGAACUGCAGGAGCAACUGAAAGCUGUUCAUGAACAGCUGGCAGCAUUAUCCCAGGCUCCUGUCAGCAAACCAAAGAAGAAGAAAGAGAAGGAGAAAGAAAAAGAAAAGAAGGAGAAAAGAAAGAAGGAAAAACAUAAGGUGAAAGUUGAAGAGGAGAAGAAGGGGAAGUCCUCACAGGGGACUAAGCCAGCACAGUCCAAGAAGCACAGCAGCAAGAAGCCAAGCAGUGGGAAUACAGUGCCCAGAGCCCUGAAGAAGGCUGCAAAGCAAGCUGUUCCGGUGCACGACUCGGAAGAGGAGGAGGAAGCUCAGCCCAUGUCCUAUGACGAGAAGCGCCAGCUGAGCCUCGAUAUUAACAAGCUGCCAGGUGAAAAGCUGGGUCGCGUGGUGCACAUCAUUCAGUCAAGGGAGCCCUCUCUCAGGGACUCUAACCCCGACGAAAUUGAAAUAGACUUUGAAACUCUGAAGCCCACAACUCUGCGAGAGCUGGAGAGAUAUGUUAAAUCUUGUUUACAAAAAAAACAACGGAAACCAUACAACAAUUCCCCCGAAACGUUCAUUGGUAGAGACGGUGAAGAGCAGCAGCCCCAACACCGAUCCCUGUGGGACUCCACUAGUAACCGGCCCCCAUUACCAGCUGCAUCAUCAAAGAAGAGCAUGGGGAAGACGAAGGAGGAGCUUGCUCAGGAAAAGAAGAAAGAGCUUGAGAAACGAUUGCAGGACAUGAGUGGACAAUUUAAUCACAACAAGAAACCCAACAAAAAAGCGGAGAAGUCUGAUACCGGUCAAGGAGGGGGCCCUUCCCGGCUCAGUGGCAGUAGCAGUUCAUCCUCUGACUCGGGCAGCAGCAGUUCCAGUGGAUCCAGCUCCUCAGACACCAGCGAAUCUGAAUAGCUCUGCCUUGCCUUGCAACCUGGAUGCUGGAUGUACAGUUUAAGCACAGAGGGCUUGCUCUGCUCCCGGCCUGCACAACCUGAACCUUACCUCAAUGGAUUCUGAGGCUGUGCUUAUACAUAUUUUAAUGGCUGAACUCGAUGUGAGGGGACCCUGACAAGCACAUCCCAUCGAUGAUCAUUUACCCAAGAACCCAUUGAGUGCAACUGGAUGUGAAUGUUACUGUGACUGAGUGUUUUGCGUGAAUGUUGCUUGUGACUCUGUAUGUGUGUGGGUGUGUAUGUGUGUCUGUCUGCACAAUGAGUGUGUGUGUGUGUGAACCUAAUUUAUUGAUGUCAAACAAAUAAAUCAAUUUGGGACCAAUGGAAGAAGAUGCCACACAGGAUUCCAUUAUGUGCAUGGCCUAAGAUCUGUGAGAUUCUUCACUUUUUUAUCCAGGCAGUACACAGGCCGGUGCUUAGUCACUUUGGGUGCUCUAUUCAAUCUCUACUUUUUCUUAAAAAAAAGACGUCGUUUUAUUCAGGUGGGAAGGAUGGGAGGGAUGGGGGAAGUGUACAGAGGGAGUAUUAAAAGUUGGGGAUCAGGGUUGGAAAAAACGAACCAAUUUCAGGUUCGUUCAUUUCUUUCAGAAAUAAUUGGAGAAGACGAAGAUGGUGUUUUAAGACCAAGAGACUUGAAAAUCAUGGCUGCGUUUUUGUCUUUGCAUUUGUGGGUUUCUGAGUGUGUCUUGUAAUGGGGUAUUUUUUUUUAAUUUUUACUCCGAAUAUUUUAUUCUCUUAAUCAGAAUUGAGCUUUGAAGCUCAGAGAUCCUGAUAACAGACUGAUACCAGUGGAUAGCACUGAUUGUGAUUAUGAGCUACUCUGCCCCUAUGUUAUUGACUUCUUGCUCUCUUUUACUGAGCUCUCACUCUCAAUCUUGGUGGUAUGAACUCUUUCUCCCCAUGCAACAGACUGAAUUCUGUCUACCUCUGUUACAGAUUACUCAUUUUGUCACUAAUUGCAACUUCUGGCUUAUUUAAUGACUGCUUGCUGCGAUCUUACAUAAUAACCUGUCUCACCUAAUUUCUUGGUUAAUAUUGGUUUCUUCUGUUAAUGCACUUCCUAUAUCUCUGAACUUUUCAUUCUCCCAUUUGUGGAGGUCCAAAACUUGACCCAGAGUUUGGACACGAAAAUCACACCAAAUCUCUUGGUUUGGGCUCUUAAAUAUUUUCUUUUCCCUUGGAAAUUUGCCUUUUUAUGUAUUGUGCAUGCAGGUUUACAGUAACUCCUAAUAUUUUUAAUGCUGUUAUAAUUUUAAAUUCUGUUGAUAGAAAAUGUUAGGUACAAGUUGAUGUAGUAAUUGCUUAUUGUAUAAAGCAAUGUGUCAGUACUGGCUGCUCGACAGAAACAAUCUACUCGGUUAUCGCGUGACCUCUUAUUUUGUUUCUUUGUUGACCUUCAGAGGAGGGAGUAAUGUGGGUCCCAUAUUGCAGGGUUCAGAUUUUCAUAAUAAAUUCCAAAAAGUGCUUACGUGUUUGUUGAUUGUAUCUCUGGUUUACUGUCUGUCCUGAUCUCUCUCUAGUGUAUCUUUUGUGGUUCCCUAUCUUUUGUAGUUCUUGACCUCCUGCCCUCAACUCUACCUGUAUUGUUCCUGCAGUACCUAGUGAAUCGACUGAACAUAGUCUUUGUUGUUUUAAAGAGACUGAAUCUUCCCAAAUGAUGUGGACCGAUCCUCUCAGACCACAGUUACAGUCAGGCAUCUUGCUUACCACCCUCCCCACUGAUGGUCCCACCUCUCUUGUCAUUUUAUGGUGUGUUUUCUGACUAUAACUUCAUUUGUUGCCUCCCUGUUCCUUCAGUUCUCCUUUGCUUUAUAUUUCUGUCCCUAACUUCACUGUUCAAUGUUGGGGUGAAGUUGAAUGAGGAACACAAUAUAAGUUUACCACAUGUCAUUCCUCAAUAGAAGCUGGGAACAAUACUUGAUUUGUUUAAACCUGAUGCCACUCCAGGAGACUUUGGGAAUGAAGCCUGGCUUCACUGAGCUUUUAAAGUGCGUUGGAUAUGAGUUUUCCCCCUCAUGGUAGAUUUUUAUGAGAAGCAUUCUCAGAAAUGUUCAACUUUAGAAGUCCUCCCAGGAGGUGUUUUUGCAUUUCUGUAGGCUCUAACAAUCAGGUGAGUUCUUAACUCUUUUCUAGUCGGUUAAUGACAUUUAAAUGUUACAGUGGGGAAUGACAGCAGCUGCUGUCUACACAGCUAGUUCACACAUAAUGAUUGGUGAUCUUUUAGUAAUGUGGGUAAGGGAUUGUCAGUAAUGACUAGGCUGUUUUUGGUAAUAUUGGUAAGGCUGUGUUUAUGGAGGUGUUGGGGUGGGG